AUGUCCACCGCCGACGGCGCGCGCGCGAUCCUGCGGCUGUACCGCUCGAUCGUCCGCGCGCACGCGCGACUCCCGGAGCCGAUGCGCGCGCUCGGGAGCUCGUACGCGAGGGACGAGUUCAGGCGGCACAUCGACGCGGACACCACGACGGCCGCGCAGUGGACGGAGUUCGCGUCGCAGUGGCGGAAGUACGUCCGCGCGAUCGCGCCGCCGGCGGCGUCGUCGUCGAGCGACGCGGGAGGGGCGCACGUCGAGAUGGACGGCGUCUACCCGCGCGGGGUGGACGCCGGCGGCGAGCUCAGCGAGGACGCGAUCGAAGCGAUGACGGACGAGCAGCGAGCGAAGCUGGCGGAGCUGAGGCGAGAGGCGAUGGCGUUCGGCGCGGGCGCGUUCGCGCCGCGCGGGGGGGAGGACGGCGGCGAGGGCGAGAGGCCCCCGUGA